UGGCGACGAAUUUGAGUUGAAAAGCAAAGCAAAAAUCGGGGCGGACAGUGUCUUGUUGAUCUUUUAUUGAAAAACGAAUAUUUUGCACCGAAUUUGUUAAAAACAUAAACAAAUUGCAAUCAUCAUUUACUUUUCCAGUUGCACCAUCCACACGUGCAACAAUUGUACAGAUUGUAAAAAGGAACAAGACAAGUGUAUUUUGUAAAAAAAAACGUUGAACUGUUGAGUUGUUAAAAAAUUGAACUGGGUGUCAAAUAUUUUCCACAUAAUAAAGGAUCAUCAAUAGUAACCAGAAAAACUUGCAGAAAAUAUAAUGACGGAGUAUAAAUUGGUGGUCGUUGGUGCUGGAGGUGUAGGAAAAUCUGCACUAACAAUCCAAUUAAUACAAAAUCAUUUCGUAGAUGAAUACGACCCCACCAUUGAAGAUUCAUACAGGAAACAAGUUGUUAUAGACGGUGAAACUUGUCUACUAGAUAUUUUGGAUACCGCUGGUCAAGAAGAAUAUUCAGCUAUGCGUGAUCAAUAUAUGCGCACUGGUGAGGGGUUCCUGCUCGUUUUUGCGGUGAAUAGUGCGAAAUCCUUUGAAGAUAUUGGCACAUACCGAGAACAAAUAAAACGUGUUAAAGACGCAGAGGAGGUGCCAAUGGUGCUGGUAGGCAAUAAGUGCGACCUGCAAGCCUGGGCAGUUAAUAUGAACCAAGCCAGAGAGGUGGCUAAACAAUAUGGCAUUCCUUUUGUUGAGACAUCAGCUAAGACACGAAUGGGUGUGGAUGACGCCUUUUACACAUUAGUACGCGAAAUUCGAAAAGACAAGGAGCAUAGAGGGAAGAAGGGACGCAAACACCAUAAGCUACCACAUCAUAAAUUUAAAUGCGACCUCCUCUAAAUUCCCCAGUAUGAAGGCAAAAAUAGGUUGAGUAACCUACGCAUUCGGACAACCGGACCAUUUCAACAACCAAAACAACAACGAAAACGAACUAAAUAGACAUUCGAAAAGAGAGGAAGCCUGUGAUGAGGAGGCUGUAAUACAAACAUAAAUAAAAUAAAGCAAAUAGUGACUACAGCUGCAACCGGAAAUGAAGCAACAGAUUGAGUGCAUAUUUUUUCAUCUACAAAUCAGCAUAAUAUUAGGUAUAACGCACAUUCAUAUACAAGCGCAAAUUUUACAGACAUGAGAGUACACACAGAUGAAUAAAACUUGUGAAAGUGUAUGAGAGUAAUGAACUAAAACUAAACUUACAAUAACCAAAUGUUUUGAAAUCAAAUAAUUACAAAUUUCUUUCGGCGGAGUAUAUAUAUGUACAUGUACAUUUAAUGUCUAACUUUUAACACUGCGCACAAUUAUUUAAGUUUUUUCUUUCUUUGUUCAUUACAACUGAACGUUUAUGAUAAAAAAAUUUAAUAUUUAAUUUAACGUCUUUAUGGCUAUUAAUAUUUUCCACUAUUUGCUGUUUUUUUUAUUGUGUUCUACAUGUGCUUUCCAUGUGUCAGUAAUAUGUAUUUUUAUAGCAAAAUAAGGAUAAGAUAUGCGACUUUGGUAAGAAAUAUGCAGUGUUGCAUACCAAAUAUUUGUGCCGCUUUAUGUAUUGAGUAAUUGUACAUUUCUAAAACGUUUUUGGCAAGAACGCAAAUUCAACAAAAAAAAGUCUGCAAACAAUAAUAUACUUGAGACUUGAUCUAUAACUGUAAAGUAUUUUUUACAAAGAAAUUCCCGAAAUUAAACAAAAAUAAAAUCAAUCAUAUUGUAGCGACUUAUAAACAUUUAAAGUUAGAGUUUGCAAGUGAUCGAGUUUCAACUGUAUUAUUUGUAUAAAUAAGUUUUUCAAAUGAAUGAAUAUAAACGAAUUCAACUUGCCCCCUUUUUAACUGCAUCAUUCUGUAAACUUGUGCCUAUGUUUUUUAUGUAUGUAUGUUAACAUAUAAAUAAACAUUUGGUAAUUUAGAAAAUAAACUUAUUUAGGAAGGUAAUAAUAAAGUUAAAAAAUGCUAACAAAAUAAAAGAAUAUGAAGGUAAACUGAGUGUAAUAGUUGUAACGCACAAUAGACGUUGGCCUGAUUUUUUUUUUUUAGUUUCCAACAUACAUAAGUAACUUGUGUUCGAGAUGAUUUUGAAACCCGUUUUAUACUUUAAUGGUGCUAAAAUGAACCUAGCGUGCAUAUUUUUAUAAAAGUGAGAAUAAAAAAAUAAUAAAAUUAUGAAG